AUGGCUACAUCUUUCUGGAAGGCGCGCGACUUCCUGUUCUGCGGCGUGUGCGGCACCCUCCUCGACUUGGACAACAUCCGCUACGCCUCCUGCCCUCUCUGCGGCUUCAAGCGCAUGGCCAAAGAUAUCGAGGACAAAGAGACUCGGUACUCCAUCACCGCUGAGGAUAUGAGAAGACAAUUAAAGACUCAACCGUUUGUGGAUGUAGUCGUGCAAAAAACUGUGAUCGACGGAACAUGCCCGAAGUGCAAGCAUAAUAAACUCGAAUACGACCAGAGGCAGCUACGGUCUGCGGAUGAAGGGGCGACUACCUUCUAUGAAUGCCCGAAAUGCAACUACAGAUUCAAUGAGAACUAAGAAGCAGGUUUCCUAUCAGUUUAUGGAUGCGGUCAGAAGAAACUACUCGGGUCAUGAGCCGGGAAUUGAUGUUCAAGCUAGCUGCAGUUCUUUCACAUGUAUUCUAAUUCUAAUUAUGAAUGUUAUUAUCUGGGAUAUGUUCAUCCAUGAUUUGGAUAUAGUGACGGUAUUU